UUCUAGACUCUCCUUGCUCUCACCCCUCUCUUACACAGUCUCUCUCACUCCACAGUCUUUCGCUAUUCGUGUGUGUGUGUGUGUGUGUGUGUGUGUGUAUUCUCCCAUUACUCUCGCUUUUUUUUGUCUCUCACUCAACCCACCACAUUCGUUCUGUUUUUCUUGAGAUCUGAAAAGAAAGAAAAAUGCACUUCAACGCCCUCCUCGCCGUCGCCGCCGUCGCCGGGUCCGUCUCGGGCUUGGCCGUCCGCCAAAACACGCCGGCCUACCAAGUCCUCCCACCGACGCCGGAGCUGCCGAAGCCCAUCUCGACGGUCAAGACGCCGAUCAACGGCAUCCAGAUGUGGUUCCAAAAGUACAACGAGAAGGCCGGCGGCGUGCCCAUCGUCAUGGACCACGGCGGCCUGGGCUUCUCGGGCUACUUCGGCUCCGUCAUCACCCGCCUCAUCGACGCCGGCCACUACGUCAUCGCCGUCGACCGCCGCGGCCACGGCCGCACGACGUACAACGCCAACGACGUCUUCACCUACGACCAGAUGGCCGCCGACAUCCACGCGCUGCUCGAGGGCGCCGGCGUGCCCCAAUACAACGUUGUGGGCUGGUCCGAUGGCGGCAUCACGACGCUCGCGGCGCUCAUCAACCCGGUCACCGCCAAGCCCAUCAACAAGGCCUUCGUCUUCGGCGCCUCGUCGAGGCCGGAGCAGACCAACGCCACCUUCUCCGACACGCCCAUCUUUACGGAGCUCGUGGACCGCUGCCGGACCGAGUACGCCUCGCUGCAGCCGGGCGUUGACUUCACUGCCUUCGCGACCAAGGUCGCGACGAUGGAGGGCACGCUGCCGCAGUUCACGGCCGCACAGCUCGCGGGCAUCGACGGCAAGCGGGUCAUGAUCGCCGGCGCCGAGCACGAGGAGGCCGUCAACCGCGACGUCCCCGGCAUCCUGAACAAGGCCAUCCCCGGCAGCAGCGUCACGAUCCUCAAGGGCGUGAGCCACUUCGCGCCCAUGCAGGACCCGGCCCAGUUCACCAAGGCCGUCAUCGACUUCUUCAACAAGGCGUAGAGGGAGGCUGGUUUACAGGGUGAUUCUUGGUUCGUAGAGGUUUGGGAACACAUGGAGACAUAAUUAGCUGUAGGCAAAUGGAGAAAAGUUGACGGAGUUGUCCGGACUCAUUGAGUGUGAAAACCCUUGGCUGAGCCCUAAACUGUG